GCUGAUCACAGGUCACAAGAGAGCGAGUGCCCUUUGAUCAUUUGAUCACCGCGUCCAUCUUUCCUUCUUAUUCAACGUCCCGAUCCAACCCUCUUCAUCUUAAUUCAACACAGAAAUCCAGUUUAGACCUUCAGCGGGCGACACUCACACCGCAGGGUGAAUUUUCACUUGGACUCUGAAAGGUGACUGCACUCACCACCGUGACCUGCAACCAGCACACGGCGCGUGCGUCCAUGUCCAAGAACAAGCCGUCUGGAUUCAAAGGUUCAAAUGACUGUGGCAAAAACGAGGAGCGGGAAGGAAGAAGCUGUGUGCGUUUCAAACUGUGCCCAUUCAACACCAUACAGAGUGUCCUGCGCCAGAGACCAGGCUGGGUCGAAGUCAAAGAUGACUGCGAAUGGGAUUUCAACUGGUGUGAUGUGGGCUGGCUCCGGGAGAAUUUCGAUCAUUUCUUCAUGGAGGAACAUGUGAGGAUAAGCCACUUUCGCAACCAUUAUGAGCUGUCUCGCAAAAACCUCAUGGUGAAAAACCUCAAGAGGUACAGGAAAAACCUUGAAAGAGACGCUGGCCACAUGGAGGCAUCCAAAUGUGACUUUUUCCCCUGCACCUUUGUACUGCCCAGCGAGUAUCAUCUUUUAGUGGAGGAGUUCAAAAGAAGCCCAGGCAGCAUCUGGAUCAUGAAGCCGGUUGCAAAAUGUCAAGGGAAAGGCAUUUUCCUGUUCAGGAAACUGAAAGAUAUCAUGGAUUGGAAGAAGGAUGGCCCCCGCUCAGAGGAACAGAAGGAUGCAGCUCAAGUGGAAAGCUAUGUGGCACAACGUUAUAUAGAGAACCCCUACCUGAUUAAUGGCAAAAAAUUUGAUCUGAGGAUCUAUGUUCUGGUCACAUCGUAUGUCCCCUUGAAGGCCUGGCUGUAUCGAGAUGGCUUUGCCCGCUUCUCAAGCACCCGCUUCUCCCUUAGCAGUAUUGAUGACAAGUAUAUGCAUCUCACCAAUGUGGCAGUUCAAAGAACAGCACCUGACUAUGAUCCUGAAAAGGGAUGUAAGUGGCAGAUGCAGCAGCUUCGGAGAUACCUGACUGCUAAACACGGCAGAGAGAUUGUAGAAACCCUGUUCAAAGAGAUGGAUAACAUCUUUGUCCGCAGUCUCCUCAGUGUACAAAAGGUCAUGAUAAAUGACAAACACUGCUUUGAGCUCUAUGGGUACGACGUUCUCCUGGAUCAAAACCUCAAACCCAAUUUCAAAAAAAUACACCCAAACCAAAAGGAAGGACAAGAUAGGGAUAACAGGCCAAGGUGGUUAAUUGAGGUAAACGCGUCUCCAUCGCACAUGCCCAGUAGUCAAGAGGACUAUGAGAUGAAGUACAGACUGCUGGACGACACUUUGAAUGUUGUUGAUAUGGAGGGAAGGCUGACAGGCAAAGAGAAAAGGGUGGGUGGCUAUGAUCUCAUGUGGAACGAUGGCCCUGUCUAUAGAGAAGACGUCAACCUAGAAACACUUGGGAGUUCAUGUUUCACUGCCAACACACACUUAGGGUGUGUGAAUGACAGAGAGAAGCAGCUUCGCCAGCUUCUAAAACCAUUUCCAGGACAGAGGAGGACGUAAUCACACAUAUCUAUAUGCUGCAAUCAUAGUAGUUGGUAUGCAAGACCUUGUCAUUAUAGUGACUCCAGUCAAAAAAAAGCAUUGUUUUGUUUGGAAUUUUCACUAAAGAGGACGGAUGUGAAUUGUGUAGAAAUUCUUUAGUGCUCCAAAGAAAUGCCACAAAUAGGUCAUGUGUGCAAAACAUUUAUUUCUAUGCCAUUCAAAUACUUGCAUUCAGGACUGGGAAAAUACAUACAAUCUUUCUGCGUGCGUGUCAACGUAGUGUACACAUGAAUAAUAACAUCACCACUCCUUGGCCAUUAUCUAUGGCUUUGAUACUUUACAUGAAUAUUGAGUCAAGAGGAGUAUGAAGAGAUAUCAUUUACACUAAUGAAGUGUUCCAAUUAAUCAUUUGCACAUGGUCAAAUUGCAGGAAACACAUCAGACACUAAUGUAAAUACAGUGUUCUACAGACUUCGAGUGUUGUCGCAGCCCAACAAUUUAAAUGUGUUUUUUCAAUUGAAAAUAAAUAAAAUAAAUAUUUCAUUGAAUCCUCAGAGUGGCCAAUGGAACAGCAUUAGACAAGACGUUACAUUCAGCUCUUUCAUCAAAUAGGUUUUCCUUUCUGUGCAUGACAAUGUAAACAUAAUAACGACCAUGAUGGAUACAAGUCAAACACAACACGUUUCAUAAAUAGAACUAUGGCAUAUAAAAUUUGGAAAAAUAUGCAUUUACAUUCGUAGCAAACAUUUCACCAUCUUCAAUCAUAUAAAGAGCUCGGGUCUAUGCAAAAUACAGUUUAUUAUCGUACACUACAAUUCAAGCUGUUCAAACAUGAAAAGCCCUUGUAAAAGAAAAAAAUGUAAAACCAUGUCUGAAAUAAAAUACAUUACAGCAGUACA